AGAGCUGUCAGUCGAAUGUAACCCGCACGUCACAGAAGGCGUCUAUUCAAGGUGCCUAGAAGUGGAGGUCAGCGGGAGGAAGAAGUAUGGCAGCCCUGAUCAGAAAGUCUUGCAAUGUUCUGCACAGUUCUGUCAGCAGGCAUGCACGCUUUACAAUGGUAUAUAGGUCAAUGGCCUCCAAAACAUCAGUUGGAUUUGUUGGACUUGGGAACAUGGGAAAUCCAAUGGCAAAAAAUCUUCUGAAACAUGGCUACCCUGUCAUUGCAUAUGAUGUUUUUCCAGAGGCCUGCAAGGAGUUCCAGGAUUCUGGUGCUCAGAUCACAGAUUCUCCAGCUGAUGUCGCAGACAAGGCUGAUCGCAUUAUUACCAUGCUGCCAUCAAGCGCCAAUGCUGUAGAAGUCUACACUGGGUCAAAUGGGAUAUUGAAGAAAGUGAAGAAGGGUUCUUUGCUCAUUGACUCGAGCACUAUUGAUCCUGCAGUAUCUAAGGAACUAGCAAAAGCUGCUGAAAAAAUGGGAGCUGUGUUCAUGGACGCCCCGGUAUCUGGUGGUGUCGGGGCUGCUCGUGCUGGAAACCUCACAUUUAUGGUAGGCGGCGUAGAACAAGAGUUUGAUGCCGCAAAAGAAUUGUUAUCGUGUAUGGGAGCCAAUGUGGUCUACUGUGGUGAAGUUGGCACAGGCCAGGCUGCAAAGAUUUGUAACAACAUGCUGCUGGCUAUUAGCAUGAUUGGAACUGCGGAAACAAUGAAUCUUGGAAUCAGAUUAGGGCUUGACCCAAAGCUGUUGGCCAAAAUCUUAAACAUGAGCUCAGGUCGGUGUUGGUCAAGCGAUACCUAUAACCCUGUUCCGGGAGUGAUGGAAGGAGUGCCAUCUGCAAAUAACUACCAAGGAGGAUUUGGGACCACACUCAUGGCAAAGGAUCUCGGGUUAGCGCAGGACACUGCUACCAACACCAAAAGUCCAACCCCACUGGGAUCCCUCUCCCACCAGAUAUACAGAUUAAUGUGUGCCAAGGGCUAUGCUCAGAAAGACUUCUCGUCUGUCUUCCAGUUUUUACGUGAAGAUGAGAAUUUGUGAAUAGAUAUCUAGUGAACUUAGAUUUAAAUCACUAUUUUUGGAAUAUCCCUAUUACCCUAAAAACAUAGUAAGCAAAGUGAAAGGUUAAAAGUGAGUUGUCCAAUGGUGGUUCAAUUUUGUCUUGUUAAACAUGGCAAAACGAUAGAUUUCUGUUUAAGCAUGGGACAGGCAACAAAAGUAGUUUAAAAACAAAAUGGCUGGUUGAAUUUCAUGGCGUAAACAACUCUUAACCCGGUGAAUAUUAACAUUUGUAGAGUUUCUUACAGGCCUACACCUUUUAGGGUUAGUUCAUUAGAGCACUUUCCUGUGAAUCUGGAUCCGAUUGUGUCAGAAUCUUUUGACGUGUCUAGGAGGAAACGUCCAUAUUUUCAGAACAGAGAAGAAUCCGUCACUUUUUCUAAACCCUUCACUGAAAAACGUGCGUUUUACCUUAUCCAACACUAUACCAUAAGGUGUACAGAGGAGUUGUGGCUUAUCCUGUAUUAAAACUGUAUUAACUAACACAAUCUUAUUGAAACACUGUGAUUAAAUACUUUCUCCCCA